AAUUCAUCAAACAAUUUGUGUAUAGUCUAGUCCUGCAUUAAACAUUUGUACAUUAAUUAUUCUUUUCUACCAACAAACGCUGAAACAAUCAAAAUACUAGAAAGAUGAUGAUGAAACAAUCUUUCUUCUCUUUUUCACUUCUCCUCUUCUUUCUCCUUCAUUGCACCUCAACCCAAGCCCAGCCGGCUGCUGCUCCAGCUGCACCAACUAAACCAACUCCACCGAGCGCCCCUACCAUAGCUCCAACUCCACCGAGUCCAAUGACCCCAAUCGUAACCAUAAAUCCACCCCCUAUUGGAGCUCCAAUUCCGUCUGGCCCCACUAAUGUCAUCAAAAUCCUUGUAAAAGCUGGCCGCUUUACUUUCUUUAUUCGCCUUCUUAAAUCCACCACUGUCAUUAACCAAAUCGAGCAUCAAAUCAACAGCACAAACGGUCGCCUCACCAUCUUUGCACCAACUGACGGUGCGUUUUCUAGUCUCAGUUCAGGCACUCUCAACUCCCUCACCGACCCACAGAAGGAAUCGUUGAUUCAGUUUCAUGUAAUCUCUUCGUAUAUCUCGUUAUCACAGUUUCAAACAGUGAGUAAUCCAUUGAGAACAAAUGCGGGAGAUAAUAGUAGAUACAGAUAUCAGCUUAAUGCCACCGCUUAUCCCAAUUCAGUGAAUAUAUCAACAGGCCUUACUAACACUAGUGUAGCUGCUAUCGUAUACUCAGAUGGCCAGCUUGCCAUUUAUCAAGUUGAUAAGGUCCUUCUUCCUUGGGAAAUAUUUGGAGCUAAGCCUCCAGCAACUGCUCCGGCACCGGGACCUGAAAAGCCUAAGAAGGAGAAGCCUGCGACUGUUGCAUACAGUCCUGAUGAUAGUAAAACAGAUGCCGCCGAUGCCUCUGGCGCAGUGAGCCUGGUAAUGACCAUGCAAAAUGUGGUUUUGUUUGGGGUUGCUAUGGUCGCACCAUUAAUUACUUUUUCUUAACAUUAAGAGGACAAGAUGGGUUAUUGGGUGCAUUUUCCCUAAUGGACUGGAAUAUGAUUUGCCGGAUUUUCCAAUAAUGCGCAGACUUGCAGAAUUCAUGCUUGUGUUUGUAAUAUUUUUUUUAUUAUUCUCUGUUAUCAGGAAAAAAAAUAAAAAAACCUUAGUGCUUCACUAUUUUGAGUUUUUCCUGCCAAACUUUCAGAAAUAUGAAAGAACUCUGAUAUUUUUUUGGGCU